ACUACAGACACGUGGACUUAUCUGCUGCACUAUGGCUCCCUAUAGCAACAGGAUGCACCACAUGGAGAAUAACAUUGGCAAAGAUAUGAGAAAGAUGAGAAAACCAGUGGUUGAAAAGAUGAGGAGAGAUCGGAUUAACAGCAGCAUCGAGCAGCUCAGGAUGUUACUGGAGAAAGAGUUUGAUAGUCAUCAUCUCCCAUCCAAACCAGAGAAAGCUGACAUUCUGGAGGUGGCAGUGAGCCUACUGAGACAGCAGCUUCAAAUCAUGGGCAAACCUGUGCCAACUUCCAAACAUAUUUUCCCAGCAUCCACAGCGGAACAUGUUGAGUUCUUCACUUCUAAGAAACACACAGUUGCAGAAGUGAACCUGCUGAUGAAAGCCCGCGAAAGCCAAAAGGCAGGAGAAAAUACAUGCUGGCCUAUGGCUCCUUCUCACCAGGCCCCCACUAAGCAGCCCUCCCUAGCUCAUAGUAAUGAAGACCUAUGGAGACCUUGGUAAAGAAAUAUGAGGAGGACAGAGCAAAUCUAAUAUAUAUAUACAGAAGAAACAAGUACACUGACUUUACUAAGACAAUAAUGAUGUUUCAUUCUAGCCUAAUGGCUUGGUUAAUAUGGUAUCUAACUGAACCAAAAAUUAUUGGUAUUACAGUGUGGGGUGGGGGUUCCUAUAGCAGAAGGAGCAAUUUCCCUUCUAAUGAAGCUGAUCUGUAACCAUCAUAAGGGAAAAUCCUUUAACAACAUGUAGAGGACUACACUGCUCCCCAGUUAAAUGGACACAAGUCUUAAGUAUAAAUUACUCUGUAGUAUAACUGUUACAAAUGAGGGCAACACUUUUCCUUUGCACUUUGUACUUCCUGCUCCAGGGCUGUAAUAAUAUAGGAAAAGAAACUACAGAAAGUGGAGAGUGCAUGGAGAACUGAUUCCUAUUUAAAUGUUAUCUCAUGCUAUCCCAUACAGGAGAAAUUGUUCUUAUAGCCUUAAUACUUCUGUUUUAGUUCCUCUGGUUUAUAAAAGACUGCUGUGUGUUGGGCUUGGACAUGUUUUACCUCACCUAGGGGUUCCUUGUGUCCCUGACUCCAUUCAACCAUAUUGUUUUGCCAAGUUGAGAGCAAGUCCUUUAGUAGGUUUGACUAGACUGUUUGGAAAUGUAAAUUAAUUGUUUUCCUUCUGUGAAGGACGAUACUCCUGAUUUCCUCACCUAUUCUUAUGUGCUCCCUCCCUGAGAUUCUAUCAAAGGGACCUUGCUGUUCUUUUCUGUGAAAAGGAAUUCAUUGUAUUUAUCUUUGCACUUUCAGAAUUAUAUUGUAUACAGUUCUAGAUACAUGUAAUAAAUUGUUUGUU